UUUCUGAAAUGUUAGGGGUGUUUAUACAGGUGAACAAAGAACAAAGGUCCUGUCACUCCCUGAUAAGGUGGCAGUGGCUGAAGAAAAGCGAUGGAAGCAAUCUGUGCUAUCAUGUUCUAAAUCCUGACUUCUGAGAACAAACAAAAAUAUCAAAGAGCCUUUAUGGUUUAAGAAAGUUUGAUACCCCCCCAUAAAGAUGAAGAACUUGAACAUGGAUUUUUGGAGAGCUGUUUUUGCGGAGCAGAUGAGAAUGGUAAAACCGAGCGAUGCCUGGAGAUUAACAAAGGACCAGACCCUUGAGUACCACCAGGUGCCAUCUGGAUGGAAGAGAUCUUUGCAGGAACAUGCCUAUGCCAGAUUCAUAUGUUCACAGUGCCAACACAACUGGACCUCACAUCAAGUUGUUAUCCUGUUCCACAUUUACUGGGAGCCAUAUGGGAGGCAAGGAUGCGUCCGAAUGCGAUUCUUCCAGCAACAGUGCUACGAGUGCUUUUCCGAGAAGUACGAAGAGCCACAAUUUACAGAGGAAUCAGUUGACAGUGUCUUGGAGCGCUUGGUCACCACCAUAAGAAAGAAAUGCUACAGAGAGAACAUCACCAGCGACUCCUAUAAGUUGGUGCCCCUGAGUAGUGGCCCCCAUAAACCUGAAUAUUGUGAAGCUUGCCAACUUGGAAUACACAAAAGGUAUUACAGUUGGCCUCAAGGUGCAGGGCAUCUUUGGGAAUCUUCCAACUGGGAUCCUGAAAGCACACAGUAUUCAGAGGCAGUUAAUCUGAUAGAUACACCAGUAUCAUCACCCUUAGUCCACUCAACCCCUCCUGGCUAUUGGAAGCGCUGCGUUUAUAUCUUCAGCAUCAGCAUCAUUGCCGCCAUCACUCUGGCUAUUAUUUUCUAUUAUUUAUUUAUUCAUUUAACGCAAGCACCCUAAUUUACGGUCAAAAGCAAGAUCAUAUUCAUUUGGAGAAUAUGUUAAAAAAUAAAGAAGCAGAAAGAAGAAAAGGAGAGAAAAUGAAAAAAAUAAAGGAAAAAUGAGGUUUGCCCCCCUCAUCCUAACUAUAAUGAAAAGAUAAAUAGAAAAUGAAAUACAAUUGCCUCUUCCUUAUCUGAAAUUCCAAAAUCUAAAAUAUUCUAAGAUCCAAAAUUGUCUACAUGGGUGGCAGAGAUACUGAUGCCUUUGCUUUCUGUUGACAAACUU